AUGGAAAACUUAGCCGGGAAGGAGUAUGGAGAUUGUGCACUUGUUGAGUUUAUGAACAAGGGUAGUUUUGGGUUUGUGUAUAAAGCUAGAUUGACGGAUAAAGAAACAGGUUCCACAGGAUAUAAGGGAGAAAUUUAUGCCGCUAAGAUUUUAAGCUUAGAAAAUGCCACAGACCGUCAUCGGGAACUUGUCAACCGAGAAAUAAACAUUUUACAGCAGUUGGACCACCCAAAUGUUGUACAUUACCAGUACCACAUAGUGGCGGACAAGAUAGCGUGUAUAGUGAUGGAGUACUGCAGCGGAGGUACUUUGUUCCAACACAUUGGAGCUUUGAAGAGGGAUAACAAAGUCAUGGACGAAGAGGAAUUCGUCAGUACUUUAAUUCAAAUCGCCAAAGGUGUAGAGUUUCUUCAUGAUAAUGCUAUCAUACACCGAGAUCUCAAGACAAAAAACAUGUACACUGGCGACAAAAAAGUUAUAAAAAUUGGAGAUUUUGGAGUGGCCAAACUCAUCAGCAACAGUCCUAAGAUGUCAGUUUUGGUAGGAACACCGUAUUAUCUGAGCCCGGAGAUUCUCGAAGAAAAACCAUAUGACGAAAAAACAGAUAUUUGGAGCCUUGGGUGCUCUUGUUACGAAAUGGCAACAGGAAAUUACGCAUUUCAUCUUGAUACAAUGGAAGCUUUAAAAGAGGCUGUAUGUAAAGGGAAGCUCCCAGAGAGUCCUGCCAUUCCAUACAAUGACGACAUAGAAAACCUGAUUAAACAGAUGCUAUCCAAAGUGAGCGCUGACCGUCCAACUAUCAAACAAAUCCUCAAGUUUCUCCAGGAACCACAGACAUACAAACCAAAAAGAAAUGACUCAUCAUCACAGAAAGUCUCAAGGAGUGAGUCUACGGAAUCAAAUGUUUAUUUUUACAAAGGAAUGGACGAGAAAAUGAAGAAGAAAAACAGAAAAUUUUGGGAAAAGGAGUCAGAAAAACUUCAGAAGUGA